GACGGAGGGAGUAACUUUUCUUUGUUUUUCUUAUUAUAUGUCUACUUAAUCAAAUCAAUGAUGUCCUUAAAUAUGACACGUAUCAUGAUUGGUUAUUGUAAUAUUUUUUUAGUGUAUGAUUAAUGUUUACAAAAACUAUUACUCCAUACAUAGUAUAUGGUUAAUACAUAGUUUUUUUUUUUUUUUUUUUUUUUGAGGGGAAAUAGAGCUAAUGCAUUAAUUCAUGGACAAAUUGUCCGAGAGUAAUACAUAGUAUUUGAAAAGCAUAGUUUGAUACACAAUUUUUUUUUUUUUUUUACUUUUUAAACACAAAUUUAUAUGCGAAGUAUGUGGUUUAACGGAGGUAGUAUGUUUUUCUCGUCAGUUUGUUUUUUCUUUCUUAGGACUUGCCGCUCUCUUGCAAGUUUUAAUGGUGCGAUUGAAAAACGGAGGAAAGAUACCUUCCAAAUAAAAAGACAAUUAAGGAGUGUUCUAUAGCUUCUAACAACAACGGAAUAUCCCAAUUCUGAUCCCAAACAUGGAUAAUAUACUUAUCUUAUACGUAGUAUACAAGUAUAUACUUGCAUAGCUUAAAAAUUGAUUUUUUUUUUUUUUAUUUUUUUUUUAUUGACAGGUAAAUAUUGAAUUUCAGAAUCAAUAACUUUCAUAAUAAUUUUUUUUUAAAAUCAUUUCAAAUCCGGUAAUAUUCAUUUUUUCCAUAUCUUAAAUGUUAUUCCAUAUAAUUUUAUAAAACAACUCUUCGUAUUUAAUAUAUUUUAAAAAAAAAAAUAAUAGUUAUCCACUAGCAUUAUUUAAAAAAAAACACUAUAUAAAAUUAUCAAUUCAUAUUUUUUAAAAAAAAUUUAUUAUCCUUGAAAGUUAUCCACUAGCAUUAUUUUUAUGUUGACAUUAUUUUUUAGUACUCCAUACUUGGUUGUCAAAAAAAAUAAGUACUCCAUACUUAUCUAAUUAUCUUAUAGGAGUAUAUAUAUACAAAGUAGUUUAGGGUUUCCAACAACAAUAACCCAAUUCUAAUCCAAAAAAUGGAUGAACCCUCAAAACCUGUCAUCAUGGUUACCAUCCCCAACUCAAUCACACUCACAUCCACCAAUUAUCAUUCAUGGAAAACUCAAGUCAAAGCCGCGCUCAUCGCCUUCGACUUAUUCGACAAACAUAUCGAUUGCGCCCUACCAUCCACCACCAAUCGAAUAUGGUUUCGCCAAGAUAAGCUAAUAUUUGGUGUCCUUAUUGGUACCAUAUCAAACGAUCUCUUUCCUCUUGUUUCGCAAGCCAAAACAAGUCGUGAAUUGUGGGAUAUACUAGCCAAAACCUUUGAUAAACCCCUAAACAAUGUUUCCGAGUGUUCGCAUCUAAUUAUAGAUUUAACCUCACCCCCUUCUUCGCCAUCGAAUAAUGAACCCAAUCCACCCAUCCCUAAGCAGAAGAGAAGAAGAAAGAACAAUGUGAAAGAAGGCGAACGAAUGGACCGACUUAGCAACUUACCUCAUGAUAUCAUGGUACACAUAUUAUCUUUAGUAGACAUAAAAUCAGCAGCAAGAAGUAGCCUUGUUUCCAAGAGAUGGAGGUAUGUUUGGACUCACUUAGUUAAUCUAGUUUUCGAGGCCCCGGAAUCUUAUGACUUUAGCCCACGACAACUUAUCAAAGGACUUGAUGAUACUCAAGUAGAAAAAUUUUGUACAAUGGUUAACAAGGUUAUGACCGCGAAUUGUGCAACAUUUUUAAAUUCCUUCCGAAUAUGUUUUCCUCUAAAGAAACCCACCUCGAAUGGGAUUGAUAAUAGAUUAAAUUUCUUGUAUCAUCUAAGGAACUCCAAUCUUGGUGAUAUUAAUAAGUGGAUUGAAUUCGCCUUAACAAAAAGGGUUCGAAAUUUUGAGUUGAACUUGUCAGAUUUCCAAGGGAAUAUUGUUGUUAAUAGUUACACAAUUCGGAAGGACUUUUUCCUAGUUCGCCCGGUUUAUAAUGAUCAUCUUUAUACCUUACAAUCUCUUCACCUUGAAGGCUUGAAUAUGGAUGGACCCGUGCUCGAAAACGUCCUAGCAUAUUGUCUCAAUCUUGAGUGUCUAACGGCGAGGUCAUUAAGGUACCAUUCGUCACCAUCGAGGUCUAGUUUUGAUUAUACACAAAAUCAACAUCGACAUCUUGUUGUUUCCUCCCUCAAGCUGAAAUACUUGGAGAUAUGUCACUGCUUUGACAUAAAGUCUUUAAAGAUAUCAGCUCCAAAACUUACUUCGUUUACAUAUUUCGCGAAUUAUGGUAGUAUAGAGGUGGAGUAUACUAAUGUUCCAUCACUAGUGAAUGUGACUUUUGGAGAUCAUUAUUGCUUUCAUAUUCUUCAUAAUUUGCAUCUUCUUUCAUCUUUCUCACAUCAACUUGAGAAGCUUGCUAUUCAUUGGAAUCAGGUGAAUCGUGUUGCAUAUGGAUUGAAUGUGAUCCUUAGGAACAACCUUCUCGAUUUAAAGUCUUUCAUUGAGAAAUGCCCUAUGUUGCAUACCUUCAAGUUGGAGCUGUGGCCUUUGUCGAAACAAGCAGUGCCAAUGUCAGGACAAAGGGAUGUUACGAUCAAUUACGAGAUGCAUAAACAUAAUCAACUCAAGGUUUUGGAGAUUGUUGGAUUUGAUGGAAGUGCAUCUCUUGCUGAGUUUGUGUUUUGUGUCACUCAAAAUGCUCCGAUGCUUAAGAAGAUUAUAUGUGAUUAUCGCUGUCCCCGAUCAAAGGGAAAUGCUCACAAAUGGUAUGACCUUCAAUAUAUUGAUAGAAAAGGCUUUGUGAGAAGACAAGCCAAGUUGCUUGCCAAGCAAAUUAGAGGAGGCGUUGAUGUGGUGAUUCUAUGAAUGAUCAAUAAUCUUCUUUUAUACCCUUUUGUUCCAAAAUAAAUUACCCGUUUCUCUUUGGCAAACAUUUUGGAGAAUAUUGUGAGGUUGUCUUUUUUUUUAGGAAAGCACGAAUAUUUACUCUUUAAGUACUUUAGAAUGCUCUUUGAAUUCAUCUUGUUGUCACGGUCCGACUUCAAGUCCCUCAAAUGGAGUGAAUGAAGGUCUGCUCCCUGCUUUUACGACUCUCAGCAACUCUGAUCUUGCUGAGUGUCCUUUGAUAAUGUCGUACAGUACGACCAUUUCAAAGGCAGCAGGAAGAAAUCGAAUUUUGCAAAAGGCAACAGGGUUAGAUUCACGGUAAAAUUGAUCUGUGUACCAGUAAAUAUAAAAUAAUGUGAAAGUAGAAGCAGAAUGCAAGAACAAAAACAUGUAAGCAAUAAAUGACAUUUGCUUGUUUUCA